CAGCAAAGUACCACCACAUCCCGCCAAACAGCCCACCAAGCCCCUUCGACACGUCCAAAAUGUCUGGCAUGCUCGGCACUGUCUACAACGCGGUCCUCCGCAGCAACACCACCAUGUUGUUCACCGUCUUCGGUGCCGCUUUCGGCCUUCAGCUGGCGUUCGACACCUCUUCAGACAAGAUCUGGGACAGAGUCAACCGCGGCCGACAAUGGAAGGACAUCAAGCACCGAUACAUGGAGGCUGCCGAGGACGACGAGUAGAAAAAGCGACUAGACUACGACUCGAGCAUGAUAUAGACUUCUCUUUGCGGUUCUUGGGGACGGCCACAGUCCAUGGCAGUGUAAUCUACAACAUGUGAAAUACCAAUUCAAGUUGGCAACCCGACCCUUGUUUUGUCAUGUGCAUUUGCGCUGUGGUAUCCUGGCUCUGUAGGGCUUAGGCCGCUGCAUGCGUGAGUUGACGUGAUUGAACCAUCGUGAAAAUUGGUGCUGUCAUCUUACGCAGGGCUGCCUGGUAGCGUAGAAGAGGCCAUGCAUAUGCGAUGGGAGUGAAGGUAUAAAUAGAUGGAGCCUCUACUCGAAAAUGACAGCCAAAGUGACGC